UAAGCUAAGUGCUCGACUUAUUCACAGACUUUAAUAUUGUAGGAAACGAUUUAUAUUCCAAAUAUAAAUACAAAAAAAAAACAAGCUGCAUUCAUCUAUUAUUUUACGAGACUUGUAACCGAGGAUGGGGAAAAAGGUCAAGAAGGAACCGGAAGCGGCACCUAAAGAAGUGUUUGAUCCUCUCCCUAUUGAAAGCAAGAAAGCUGCGACAGUCGUCCUGAUGCUCAGCUCUCCAGAGGAAGAAGUGCUUACCAAAGCCUGUGAAGCCAUCUACAGAUUUGCAGAGAAAGGUGAUGAGAACAGGAGCUCUCUGCUGGCUCUGGGUGCGGUGGAACCCCUCACCUGCCUCAUCAGUCACGAAGAUAAAACCGUUCGCAGGUACGCCGUCAUGGCUCUGGGGGUGAUGGCGUCUAACAAUGAUGUGAAGAAACUCAUGAAGAAACUGAACAUCAUUCCAUCGGUCAUCAGCAGACUGGCACCAGAGGAGGACGUCGUGAUCCAUGAAUUCGGCACGCUGUGCUUGGCCUCCCUCUCUGUGGACUUCACGUGUAAGGUUCAGAUCUUCGACCACGACGGACUGCAAGCUCUCAUCCGGCUUCUGUCCAGCCCCGAUCCCGACGUGAAAAAGAACUCUGUGGAGUGUGUCUAUAAUCUGGUUCAGGAAUCCUCCUGCCGGGUAGCGGUGCGCGAGUUGAGCGGACUCGCCCCUCUGCUGGAGCUGCUGAGCUCCGAAUUCCCUGUGAUUCAGCAGUUGGCCCUGCGCACCCUGGCGAGCAUCAGCACAGACAGAGAGACUCGGACGGCUCUCAGACAGGAGCAUGGAAUCACUCGACUGAUGGAGGUCCUCACCACUAAACAGGAGUUCAGCGAUCUGCACGUGGACGUUCUGAAGGUCGUCUCCAACUGCCUGCAGGACGUCGAGUCCGUGCAGCUCGUUCAGGGGAACGGAGGCCUGGAGAAGCUGCUGCACUUCAUCGUCACGCCCAGCAGCCCUGACAUCCAAACGAACGCGGUUCAAACUGUGGGCAGAGCAGCACAAAGCAGUGAGAACCAAAAGAUCCUGCAUGAGCAAAAUGUUGAAAAAGCCCUGGUCGACCUGCUCGCUGUGCAGAACGAUGGUGUGCAGGCUGCUACCUGCCAGGCUGUGGCAGCGAUGAGCAAGAACCCGAGCAGUAAAGACACUUUCAGACAGCUUGAUGGGAUCAGAUCUGUCGUGCAGCUGCUGAACAGUGAAGGGAAUGAGCUGAAGGAGGCAGCAGCAGAAGCUUUAUCCAACCUGACCAAUGGAAGUCACACCAAUGCAUAUGCGGUGUAUGAAGCAGAAGGAGACGAGCUCCUGGUUCAGCUCUUGCAGGACGGCUCUCCCGGUGCGACGGUUCAUGCGGCGGCCGUCCUGACCAACAUGGCCUCGCAGGAUGUCCUGCGCUGCAGUAUCCUCUCCCACGGAGCCAUGCAGGCCCUGCUGACCCCACUGAACUCUGCGGAUAUACGCGUACUCGUGAGCGCCACCCAGACCGUAGCCACGCUCGCCUGUGACGCAGAGGGAAGAGCCCAGCUGAGAAACGUUGGAGGUCUGCCACUGCUGGUCAGUCAGCUUAAAUCAAGCAACGCUGACGUCCGGCGAAAUGCAUGCUGGGCUAUCAGCGUGUGUGCCAACGAUGAGCCAACUGCCACUGACUUGUGUCGAUUAGGGGCUUUGGAGCUCCUGCAGGAGAUCAACACCUCUCUAAACAGUCAGAAUCAGUUCAGCGAGGCGGCACUGCAGAAGCUUCUGGAUAAAAACCUCUCAGUAAAAUACAGCCUGACGGGACGCCUCUCCUUCACUGAUAUCACCACUGAUGGCUUUUACGACCCAGGACAGGUCAGAAAGAGUCACGGCGUCCCUGCUUUAGAAGAUAUAGCGAAGCAGGGCGUCAACCAGCACCGAGCGGUCAUCGCCGUUAACGGAAAACCUCCGGAUCAGUUGAUCACUGAAUCAGCAGAGGAGACGCAGCACGACAGUCCUCCAGGAACUCAAACCUCAUCUGUAGUGAGCAGCAAAGGAAUCAGCAAAACAUCAAGUAAGAUUAAGGGUAAAGGGCGACGUGAGGAUGAGAAACAGAAGGACGAGGACGACUAUAAACCUCAGCUGGAAGCGCCGAUAGAGAAGCCGAGUGUUCCACCGUAUGACGUGGCCUUUCACAACCUGAUCACGAAGGCGACCGAGUCGGUCCUGCCCUUACGUGAAGAGGUGGACGUGUACAGCGCUCUGGCCAAGUUGGUGAGCGAUGCCAUGGGGGGGCCGGUGGACGCCGAGAAGCAGCACGAGUUUCCCUGGGAGCUUCAUCUGAGCGAGCUGAAGUUCGAACUGCGAUCGAACAUCGUGCCCGUCGGCAGGAUCCGGAAGGGAACGUACUACCACAGAGCCCUGCUCUUUAAGGUUUUGGCAGACAGGCUGGGCGUGAGCUGCAGUUUGGUGAGAGGAGAAUAUAAUCGCGCCUGGAAUGAAGUUCUGCUCACCUUCACGUCCAAGAACGAGAACAGAUUUCACCUUCAGCCUCAGAGCUACGUUAUAGACCUCAUUCACAGACCUGGCAACCUGAUGAAGAGCGGCACUCCUGCAGCUACACAGUACCAAACCAUCUGAGACCUGGACGUGGAUGAAUUGACAUUAAAGAUUCAUUAUAAUGACA